AUGGGCCUCUCACCGGAAUCAUUUCAACAUAUUAUUGAUUUUCCGAGAAAUAAGCGAAAUGAAGAUUCUCAAACCUUUGUCGUUAACCCCCCUCCCAAUUUUAGUUAUUUCUUCAACUCUUUUCCUUCAAAUAUAAAUAGUCCGCCUGCAACGACAGCACAAGCAGCAGGUAAAAGUACAAAAGAAAGGGGACGCGCACGAAUUAAACUGUCAAUUAAGAGCCCUAUAAAACAACGUAGAAUGAGGCAAUCAAAGAAGAAACAACCACCAAAAGAAAAUAAUAUUUUGAGAUUUGCACCAGAAAUUUUUGUUAACAUAUGUAAAUUCCUUCGACCGAUUGAUUUAAUUUCAUUAAGUAAAGUUUGUAAAUUAUAUUAUAAUUAUUUAUGUUCAGAUAAUGUUCAUAGUACUGUAGAUAUUUGGAAAUUUUCAAGAGAGAAUAAUUCUGAAAUGACAUUAGCACCACCUGAAGGAAUGAAAGAACGUAAAUAUUGCAUAUUAUUAUUUGAAAGAGGAUGUCAAAUCUGUAAAAAACCCAAGAUUAGAAAGGUCUAUUGGGCUUUCCGCGUCAGGUGUUGUAGAGAAUGUUUAUUAAAGUAUACCAAAAGUGAAUAUCGAAUUCUUCAAGAAUUAAAAAUUUCACCGAUGAUACUUUAUGGACUCGCCUAUACGACUCAUUGUUUUUGGAAUAAAUGGAAUGGCGAAUUCCCCGUGAAAUUUUAUUGGAUAUCUCAAGUUGAGAAGAUGGAUAAAGAAUAUCGAUCUUUGCCUCCAGAUCAACGUAACAGAUGGGUCAUUGACAUGAUGAGACAAGGUCAUAAUAUAAUGAGGGAUGUUAAUAUGCGAUCUUAG